AUGUAUAUUCAUAAUCUAUCCAUUAUUACUGUUUAUUUUCUAUCUAUCUAUCUAUCUAUCUAUCUAUCUAUCUAUCUAUCUAUCUAUCUAUCUAUCUACAAAUUUCAUUCAUUGCCUUCAUCUGUUCAUCAUCUAUGUAUCUACAAAAAGGCUAUUCAUCAUCUAUCCAUCUACUAUCUAUCUAUCUAUCUAUCUAUCUAUCUAUCUAUCUAUCUACAAAAUAGUCUAUUCAUAAUCUAUCUACUCACUGCGACGACUCUCUACUACUCGGAUCUAUCUAUCUAUCUAUCUAUCUAUCUAUCUAUCUAUCUAUCUAUCUAUAAAAUAUAUUCACCUUCUAUCUAUCUAUCUAUCUAUCUAUCUAUCUAUCUAUCUAUCUAUGAAAGUAUAUUCACCUUCUAUCCAGCUACUAUCUAUCUAUCUAUCUAUAAAUGUAUAUUCACCUUAUAUCCAGCUACUAUCUAUCUAUCUAUCUAUCUAUCUAUCUAUCUAUGCAAACUGACGUGCACAUAUUUUCUUAUUUCUUGA